GUCGCAUGACUAACUACAUCCGGAACGCCCUCUUCCGAAUUGUAAAUGGUCGUAACGACACACCAUAGACAGUAUAUAAACACACCGACAUGGUAAAGAGUAGAUUUGAUCACAUUUUAAACCGUUGAACAAACUUACAGCUAUAAUGGACGACCGUGCGCUAGACCUGACAGAGGCACAGAAAGCUACCAAGUCUAAAUACCCGCCCAUCAACAAGAAAUAUGAAUAUCUGGAUCAUACAGCAGAUGUACAAAUUCACUCCUGGGGAAACUCUCUAGAGGAAGCCUUCGAGCAGUGUGCCAUGGGCAUGUUCGGCUACAUGACAGACACAGAGACGGUGGAACCGAUUGAUACUGUUGACGUGGAAUCGGAGGGUGAUGAUAUGGAGUCUCUUCUUUUCCACUUCCUAGAUGAUUGGUUAUACAAGUUUUGUGCAGAUCUCUUCUUUGUUCCCAGGGAGAUCAAGGUUUUGCACAUAGACAGAAUGAACUUCAAGAUCCGCUCCAUUGGUUGGGGUGAAGAAUUCUCUCUGGCAAAGCAUCCACAGGGAACUGAGGUGAAAGCCAUCACAUACUCCGCAAUGCAGAUCCAUGAUAAAGAAAAACCAGAGAUAUUUGCCAUCAUUGAUAUCUGACAAUACCUUCAGUGGCAGACCACCCUCCUGGUUCAAUGCAACUGGAAAUAUCUACUUGGCCAAUUUAAGUGGCCUUUUAUCUAAGGCACUGAUUAAUGACUUGUACAAUCUGGGUUUCUACUUGUGAGGUGAACUGAAUACUAACGGGAGAAUUUCUCAACAUUUCUGGUGAUUACAUGUCCACACUGUACAGUGGAAAAUAGAUUGCAUCAUAUGAUAAGUGAUAUGACAUUGAUAGCUUAUAAAUUGCAUUAUUUCAGAAAUCACAAAACCAUGAAAAUAAUCGAACUCUUUACUUAAAUGCACUUAUUGAAAUUAUUAUAAUAAUAAUAAUAAUAAUAUUAUAAUAAUAAAUUAUUAUAAUUUUUCACAAAUUUGAAUUUAAUUGUUUUGAUGCCUUAUUUUUUUAGCAUUGUAAAUAAAUCAACAGAUUUGUAAUUUUCUGCUGUGGGAUUGAUUAACUGGCUACUGUAACUUUGAAAUAAUAUAAUCUUGCUUUUGAAUAAAUCUUGCUUUUAAAUAUUU